AUGACGAUUUUCCCCGUGAACAUCGUCAUAGUGAGCGACCACGGCAUGACCGACAUCGGUAACGCUACCACCAAGCGCGUCUGGCUCGACCAACGUACCUGCCUCAGGGAGCGCCUGUUGAACAUAUCACUGACCAGGGGGCUUUCAUCAUCAUUAAAGUCGCUACAGGCCGAGUCGAUGAGAGACUGCACCAGUACGCAGGAUGACUUGGACCCAACCUCCAGCAGUCCAGCUGGUCAGAGCGCGAAUCAGCCUAAGGUCAACACAGCCUCAGAACAACAGCCUUCAGUUCUCAAGCGAGAGAACGGGAAGUCGACUCACUUGCAGAUCUUGGACAGCCUUUUGAAGGAGUAUGACCGUCGGGCCACUCCAUCGAACCAUCUCACGGGAUGUAGUACUGCAAAUUGCCAGCUUUGGGAAUUGUCUUAUGGUUCGGAUAUUGUCGCCAAUGCUUUUGACUACCAAGUGGACUUGUACCUGCGGCAGACGUGGUACGAUGCUCGACUGAAGCACGAAGAUCUCGUCCAGCCGCUGGACUUGAACGACCCAAACUUGGUGAAGGCGAUCUGGAAGCCUGAAGUGUAUUUCCCCAACGCUAAAGAUGCUGAUUUUCAGUUCGUGACCGUGCCUAACGUGCUCGUCAGGAUCAACCCGCACGGCGAGAUUCUCUACAUGCUCAGGUGACGUAUUGAAUUUGCCGGAAUGAUGAAAAUAAUCUGUUUCAUUUUUACAAACGAUGUGAGGUGCUAUUUUCAAUGAUGAUAAUAUUUUGUUUCAGUUUCAAAGACGAUGCAAGAGCUUGUGUUGCAGUGGAAGCUCACCAAGGAGCCCAUUAAGAUGCACAAAGACCUGCGCAUGCCUCAGUUCCAAAUGCAAGACAUUGUAGCCACCACCUGCCAAGAAGCCUCACAAAUUGGAAACUACAGUUGUCUGGUGGCUGAAUUUCACCUGCAACGAUCGGUGGGCUUCCAUCUGGUGCAAUCGUACCUGCCUACGAUUCUUAUCGUGGCCAUCUCCUGGGUCAGCUUCUGGAUGGAUGUGGACUCUGUACCUGGCCGUACAACUCUUGGGGUGACCACCCUGCUUACCGUGUCCACCAAGUCCUCAGGCAUUCAAGGAGACCUGCCGCAGGUGUCGUACGUGAAGGCCAUCGACGUCUGGAUGGGCGCGUGUACAGCCUUCGUCUUCUCUGCAUUACUGGAGUUCACAUUGGUGAAUUAUUUGUGGCGCAAAAAUGCCGGUCAAAUGUUACCCCAUCGUCCACAUUGGCGGCACUCGGACUCCUCAGCGCCUCAGUGCGGGCGUCACCGGUGCUGUCACCAACCAAAAUCUCCGUCAAGACAACACCGCAAACUGCACCUGACAGAGAACAAAUCCCUCAGUAAUUGCAAUAGACCUACUGUGGUCCUACAGGAUAGGAAGGAACAGCAAAACGACUUUGCAAACUCACCAAAGAAACAACGUUUAUCUACCGCCGACGUCGAUGAAGGAAAGAGGGUCGGACUGGGCGACGAGACUCCGAUUGAUGCGGUUAAGUCCCGUGGAGUUAUUCUGAGGCACUUCGCGCAAGGACGAUCGCCCACUGAAGCCACCAAUGAUUCCACGACACGCAAAUUAAAACACGAGAAGGACGAGAAAAGUGAUUUGGCUGCCAUUAAUUCAAACGAAAACAAACAACCCUUAUUACCAGAAGACUCAAAAAUUUCAGUCUCACCUCCAGCCAUCAACUUGACAAGGAAUCACACAUUCGACGACUUCAGGAAAUUUCAGUUCGGAUUUCGUGACCCUGAUGAUGCACGCUCGCCUGAAGAAAUGAAAAGCACGGGCGUUUUCUUAAAAAGUAGUUUCUCACAGCCCACUAACAUCACGAAAACGUCAUCCAGCGUCAAAACAACGCUUCUAGAUCAUGAUUUUCUAGAGACGUGUGAGGCAAUACACACCGUGACACCUCGGCCAGCCGCGGAGUCUGAAAACACUUGCCACUUUUCAAAGACGAUGAAGGAGCUGGAGCUGCGCUGGAAAAGUGAGGAUGCCAUCAAAAUGUACCGCGACCUCCGCAUGCCGCAGUACGAGAUCAACGCAAUACGACCU